AUGCACACCUCAUCGCUUUUGACCUUAGCAGCCUCUAUCGUUACGGCUUAUGCACAGGUCUACCAAGGCUUCAAUUACGGUUCAGUCUUUACUGACGGCUCUCCCAUCACCGAACCUGCCUACGAAGCCCAAUUCAAUGCAGCAAAGAACUUGGUGGGCACCUCGGGCUUCACAAGUGCUCGUAUCUUCACCUUGAUCCAAGCUGGCACCCAAAACACUCCGUCAGACGCCAUCCAAGCCGCCAUCAACACCAAGACUUCCAUCCUGCUCGGGCUCUGGGGGUCAGCCGGGCAGGCGAACAUCGAUAAUGAGCUGGCCGCCCUUAAGUCAGCCAUUGCGGCUCAUGGGGAGACCUUCGCCAACCUAGUAGCCGGUAUCUCUGUUGGAAGCGAAGAUCUGUACCGAAUUUCGCCUAUAGGCAUCGAGAAUAACAGUGGCGUCGGCGCCAGCCCUGACGAGAUUGCCGAUUAUAUUGGAGAAGUCAAGACUGCUAUCACCAAUACACCCUUGGCAGGCACGCUCGUUGGCCAUGUUGAUACCUGGACGGCCUUUGUCAACAGCUCAAAUGAUGCAGUCAUCUCCGCUUCGGAUUUUAUUGGCAUGGACGCUUACCCCUACUUUCAAAAUACGAUGACCAAUGAUAUUGGAAAUGGCCCUGCUCUAUUUUCUAGUGCGUACGAGCAGACGGUGGCGGCUGCAGCAGGCAAGCCAGUCUGGGUUACCGAGACCGGCUGGCCUGUGAGUGGAGAGACCGAAAACUUAGCCGUUCCAAGCACAGACAACGCAAAGACAUACUGGGAUCAGGUUGGCUGUUCGAUGCUUUUCGGCAAGGUGAACACGUGGUGGUUCACUCUCCAAGAUGGCUUCCCAAGCACCCCGAACCCAAGCUUCGGUGUCGUUGGGGCAGGUUCAUCUAGUACGGAUGUACCAACGACUCCGCUCUAUGAUCUAAGCUGCUCGGGAACCUCAUCGGAUUCGCCCUCAAGUAGUAGUGUUGCUUCUUCUGCAAACCCGGCUGCCUCGGAAAAGCCUCUUGGGAACACUGGUGCAGAGCGCCAGAACGCAGCUGAACAAGGUAGUGGCACUCCCAGUGUCACUACCUCAGGCGGCAGCGCUUCAAGUGGUGCUGCAUCUAGCAGCAGUGCUGUCGGAAGUAGUGCUUCGAGCGGAAGUGUUUCUAGUGCCUCUACACCUGCACAAAGUCCUGUUUCAGCGAGUUCAGCUCCAUCAAAAACAGUCUCUGCUCUUCAACCAAAAUACACUAAUUCGACAAUUUCUGUGUCAGCGAGCUCAGUUCCAUCAAAAACAGGCUCUAUUGCUCAGUCAAGCUACGCUAACACGACAGAUGCGGUGCCGUCAAACGCUUCAGUGCCGUCAAAUGCUUCAGUGCCGUCAAACGCUCCAGUGCCUACUACACUCCUUACAAGUACCACAGCACUCUCAUCUGUUUCCACCAACACAGAUUGCCCUGCUCCGUUGAAGGGUGAAUUUGAGUUCCCUCACCUAAUCAUCCCAGUCAGCAAGGACGAGCCUGACACAGCACAAGGGACAAGCUUCAAUGGGACAAUUUCUCCAAGCACUUCGUCAAUCUUUAACUUCGACUUUCCAGCUUCGCUUGAGGGCAAGACAUGUACUCUGGUCUUCCUCCUGCCAAAGCUAGAUGAGCUUACAACCUCUGCAUUUACGUUGAGCGGGACCGGUGGGUUUGAAGCUUUCCGCCUCAAGGAGGAAGCGACCGACCAGACGACAUACAAUAACUCACCUGAGGUGGACGAAGACUUGGGAACAUUUGAAGACGUCACGCCGGGUCAGGAGUACGCCAUCGCCGAUGGUCCUUGCUACUUCAACGCAAGAAAGGCGUACGAGUUGAAAGCGACAGACAGCUUCGACUUGAACUACUUCCAAGAUUACAACCCAGCGCCGAUUGGGCUCUAUGUGACGGUCUGCUAA